AUGGCCACCGAGCGCCGCAUUAAGUCUCUGAAACUUAGAAUUCGUAGUUUAGAGACUUCCUUCAAUCUGAUAAGAGUUUUCGUAAACAACUAUAAUGAUGAAACUCAAUCCGUCGAAGUCCCGGUCCGUUUAGAAAAUCUGGUUGCCCUAUGGACGGACUAUUCGAAAACCCAGGCCGAGCUCGAGGCCACCGAUGUCGACGACAUAGAAAGCAUCGAGCAGCAAUUCAAACAACGUUCACAAUUUGAAACCGAGUACUAUCGAGUAAAGGGAUUCUUGUUGGCCGUUAAUAAAAAUGCUUCGACACCGUGCCCUCCGCCUGCUUCAUCAAGUUCGCACUUCCCUGCUUCCUCUCAUAUUCGGCUGCCAGACGUGAAGCUUCCUGUAUUCAACGGCUCCCUAGACCAGUGGCUAAACUUUCACGACCUGUUUCUCUCUUUGGUACAUUCUUCUGGGGACUUGUCGAACAUACAAAAAUUCUACUAUUUGCGAUCUUCGUUAAGUGGAGAUGCUCUUAAACUCAUACAAACCAUUGCGAUCAGUGCCAGUAAUUACCCCGUAGCUUGGAACCUUCUCGUUGAGCAUUUCCAAAAUCCAUCACGCCUGAAACAAACCUACGUCGACUCUUUAUUUGAAUUUUCGCAACUCAAAAAGGAAUCAGCCUCUGACCUUCACUCCCUUGUCGAAAGGUUUGAAGCCAACGUCCGGAUUCUCAAGCAGCUGGGAGAGAAAACUGAAUAUUGGGACGUUUUGCUCAUCCGAAUGCUUAGCAUUCGCCUUGACCCAACCACUCGUAGAGAUUGGGAGGAGUUUUCAUCGUCAAAGGAGGGUGCAACAUUCCAGGAUCUUGUGAGUUUUCUUCAACGACGAGUCACGGUCCUGCAAAGUGUAUGCAACAAUCUACCGGAAGUGUCUUCAGUCAGAAAACAAGUACCCCGUCCCACACUCGUCAGCCAUGGGGCUACUCAGUCCAACUUUCGUCAAUGUUUCGCCUGUUCCGACCACCAUCCCAUGUAUCAAUGUCCGAUUUUUUCCAAAAUGACCUUCGAAGACAAGGAGAAAUUAGUUCGUCGCCAACAACUUUGCCGGAAUUGUCUGCGGAAGGGUCAUGUAGUUCGGAAUUGCUCAUCGAAGAACACCUGUCGGAAAUGCCGAGGGAGACACCACAGUCAGCUUUGCAGUGACGUGCCUGCUGCUGCUGAGCGCAUCAAACCACGAACUGAAUCCAACGCAACGACGGAUCCCAUCCCCACCAGUGAAGCCUCUUCUUCGCUAUCAGCCGCAGUUCACACCCCAGUUACUGGUCGAAAGUUCAACAAGGUGAUUCUCGCAACUGCUGUGAUAAAUUUGGUCGACGAUCAUGGUAAUAACCACUUGGCAAGGGCACUUUUGGACUCAGGAAGCGAGUGCAGCUUCAUCACCGAGUCAUUCUCACAGCGACUUCAAAUUCAACGUAGAAAGGUCCAUCUCUCAAUCUCCGGCAUUGGCCAAUCAUCAACGCUAGCUCGUUUGAAACUUCGAACUACAGUACGAUCUCGAAUUUCCGGAUAUUCAACUGUCGUAGACUUGCUCGUGCUGCCUAAGCUUACGCUGAAUCUUCCCUCAACAACGAUGGACAUCUCAAAAUGGAACUUUCCUAAAGAAAUCAAGCUUGCGGACCCAGCCUUCUACCAAACACAAGCCAUCGACGUGGUCCUAGGCGCUGAAGUGUUUUUCGACAUUUUCAAAUCAUCAGGUAGAAUCUCGCUAGGUGAAGGUUUCCCGAUGUUGGUGGAUUCGGUCUUCGGCUGGGUUGUUUCCGGGAAGGUAAUGAGGUCGAAUCAUAUCAACGCUAUUUCCUGCAAUGUCGCUACGGUUGCGGACAUCCAACGAUUCAUGCAACGGUUUUGGGCGAUUGAGGAGGAAAGCGCCGUUCCUAGUCUCUCGGUAGAAGAAGCGGCGUGCGAGGAGCAUUUUCGUCGUACAGUUCAACGUGCGUCAGAUGGGCGGUAUAUUGUGCGAUUGCCUUUGAAGGAAGCUGCAGACAACAUAGGCGACAACUGCAACACUGCGCGACGUCGAUUUCACAUGAUCGAAUCUCGCCUUCAACGCAACAAGGAGCUGCAGAUUCAGUAUCGGGACUUCAUGGCAGAAUACGAAACCCUUGGCCACAUGCAUCGCGUGGCAGACACAGCUGGAUCCGAUUCUUCCCGGUACUACCUACCCCAUCAUCCUGUGAUUCGAGAAACAAGCUCCACAACCAAGGUCCGAGUUGUUUUCGACGCUUCGUGCAAGUCUGCAACCGGAAAAUCUCUGAACGAUGUGCUUAUGGUAGGCGCAGUAAUUCAAGACGAUCUGAGAGCUAUCAUUUUGCGGUCCAGGCUCCACCAGGUCAUGCUCAUCGCUGAUAUUAAGCAAAUGUAUCGUCAAGUGCUGGUUGACGAUAGAGACACUCCACUGCAGCGGAUUUUUUGGCGGAAUUCCCCCGAGCAACCUCUACAGACCUUCGAGCUAAAAACGGUCACCUACGGCACGGCCAGCGCACCGUUUCUCGCUACCAGGGUACUUCAGCAGUUAGCCGAUGACGAAAACCAGAACUUUCCCGAAGCAGCCAAGAUUCUGAAGCGCGAUGUUUAUGUUGACGAUCUGUUCACCGGAGGAAGCUCACCAGAAGAGGUAUCAGAACUACGAAUUCAGCUUGAUCAUCUGUGCAGAAGGGGCGGACUUGAGUUCCGCAAAUUCGCCUCAAACGUGGAAUCGGUUCUCGACGGCGUUUCUCCCGAAAGGCGUGCCAUUCAAUCUUCGGUUGAGCUCGCAGCAGAUCAGUGUAUCAAAACCCUGGGCCUACACUGGGAACCAACAGCCGACAACUUACGGUUCCACAUCCAACUCCCGAAGCAACCACCAGACACCCUUAUGACGAAACGAAUCGCUCUGUCACAAAUCGCACAACUUUUCGAUCCGUUAGGCCUGGUUGGGCCAGUCAUCGUAACCGCUAAGAUAUUUAUGCAGACGCUGUGGAGCCUUACAUCCGAAGACGACAAACCUUGGGGCUGGGAUCAACCGCUGCCAGAUUCUCUCGCCACCUACUGGAUUAAGUACUACUCGCAAUUGCCUCUGCUUGAGCAACUCAGAAUCCCUCGAUGUGUUGUUUUACCCAAUCCAUGUAACAUUCAGCUUCACCUCUUUUCGGACGCAUCGGAACAAGCAUAUGGCGCCUGUGCCUAUCUACGAUCGACCGACGCCUCCGAAAAUGUUCUGGUAACUUUGUUGACAGCCAAAUCAAAAGUUUCCCCGUUAAAAAGGCGCAGCAUUCCUCGACUCGAACUCUGCGGAGCACUAGAAGCAGCUCAACUAUACCAAAAGAUCUGCUCCGCUUUCGGAUCGAGGUUUACGACAUUCUUCUGGGUCGACUCUACUACCGUUCUUGCCUGGCUUAAGUCUAGCCCAUCUGUUUGGACUACAUUUGUGGCUAACAGAGUGUCAAAAAUCCAGCUUGCUACGGUGGACACUUCCUGGAACCAUGUUGCAGGGCAACAGAACCCUGCAGACCACAUCUCUAGAGGCAUCGACGCAGGAACGAUUAUUUCGUGCGACCUUUGGUGGAAAGGUCCUAAAUGGCUUCAAUCUGAUCCAUCGUUCUGGCCAGUCAAUCAGCAUAAUCAAUCGUUCGAAACGCAGUUGGAAUCUCGAUCAAUUCCGAUUCAACUUUUGACAUCAACAGCUGAUCCUUCUUUCGUUGACCUGUUCGUCGAACGUUUCUCAUCGUUCCAACACAUGCUACGAGUAACGGCAUUCUGUUUCCGGUAUUUUUCAAACUGUCGAACCAAAAAGACGAAGCAUCAGAAGAUGGUUGGCAAUCUUUCAACGGCGGAAAUCCAAAAUGCAGAAUCAGCGCUCAUUCGUCUUGUUCAACUUCAGGAAUUCCCCAACGAAGCAAGUGCUCUUCGUGAUUCAAAGCCCAUGUCCGUUAAAUCCCGACUCCGAUGGUUUACUCCUUUCCUUGAUCAAGACGGAGUCAUGCGUGUGGGUGGCAGACUUGAUCGAGCAUCUUUGACAUACGACAGUAGGCACCAGAUCCUUCUACCGCCCCAUCAUCGCUUUUCUGCGUUACCUGUACAAUGCUAUCAUCAACGAAAUCUUCAUGCGUCUCCACAACUACUCAUCGGACUACUGCGCCUUCGCUAUUGGAUAAUAGGGGCCAGAAAUCUGGCCAAAGUAGUCGUACAUCGCUGCACCAUUUGCUUCCGAGCUCGGCCAAAAUCGGUUGAGCAAUUUAUGGCUGAGCUUCCCAAGGAACGAAUCACAGCCACUCGUCCUUUCACGGUGACGGGGGUUGACUAUUGGGGCCCAAUUAUGCUGAAACAUCCGCAUCGUCGUGCUGCACCCACAAAGGCAUUUGUUGCAGUUUUUAUUUGCUUCUGCACCAAGGCUGUACACAUCGAAUUAGUAUUCGAUUUGACAACAGCCAAGUUUAUACAAGCAUUGCGACGCUUUGUAUCUCGCCGAAGCCCACCGUCGGACAUUUACUCGGAUAACGGACGAAACUUUCUCGGGGCUAAAAACGAACUCAAACGACUCAUCCGUCAGACUGAACAUGCGCAGAAGGUUGAACAGGAGUGCACAGAUUGCCACAUUAGAUGGCACUUCAAUCCGCCCAGAGCAUCCCACUUUGGCGGGCUGUGGGAAUCGGCCAUCAAUUCCGCCCAGAAACACUUUGUCCGCGUCGUACGUGACCAUUCAUUGGUCUUCGAUGACAUGCAGACACUCUUGAACCAAAUAGAAUGCUGCCUUAACUCCCGGCCUCUUGUUCCCGUAAGCGAUGAUCCGACCGACUUCGAGCCACUCACGCCCGGACAUUUCCUCGUUGGGACUUCAUUGAAGGCUGUUCCCGACGAAGAUUUGAGCGAAAUACCGUUCCAUCACUUGAAAAAGUGGCAACAAGUCCAAAAAUUGUUCCAGGAUCUUUGGCGACGAUGGCACCUGGAAUACUUAAAUAAAUUACAACCACGAAGUAAAUGGAUUAACUCACCGGUAACGAUCCGAGAAAACCAGCUGGUUCUUCUGAAGGAGGAAAACAUCUCACCAAUGCGUUGGCCGACAGCAAGAGUGAUCCAAACACAUCCUGGCGGUGACGGAAUCGUCAGAGUGGUGACUCUGAGAACACCCAAAGGCUCCUGCACAAGACCGGUGUCCAAAAUCUGCCUGCUGCCGAUUGCAUCAUCGUCGGAGGAAUCAAAUAAAACAACCGGCGAUGAACAACCAACAUCAGACAAGAUUUCCAGUUAA